GCUGUGUUSGGUGUUUGGUUCGGGUGGAUCGAUCGACAAUGGUAUUGCACCCUUUGUAACAAAACACUGAACACAGACGCGUUUGUCAAUCCGUACUAUAAUUAUCGUUUUCAACAUUGUCUUCGUCGUUGCUGAUACCACUCAUCGUGCCCAAUACAAUUGAUUCCACUCAGUCUCUAAUCCAUUUUCGAUUCGGCGCCAUCGAAAAAAAGCAAUCCGAGCUGCUAUAUAUCUUUUUCCCAUUCGUUCUUGGGGUUGGUGGCUCACCAUUCUUAUUCCAUCGAGGCAUCGGCACAGAUACGAGCACACCGCAAAUCGCAUGCAACGGAACCACACAUCCAAGCCCCUGGUAUAUAAUAUGCCGCUGUGGUUCGACCUACCUACGGGAGCGGUUGUGUUGCACUGGAUUUCGUUGCGCUGCGCUGCACGGGGUUGUCCUCCGCCCCCCCCCCCCUUCCGUUCCACUAGCUGCCGUCGUUCUGCGUUGUUCUCGCGAGCCUGUCGAAUCCCGGGUGUUCCUGGACCAGCCUGGCGAGGUGCCUCUGCCUCGGGUCGCGCUUUCGGUUCCUGAGGACCUUUUUCUGUUUUGCCUCGGCGGGAAAGAGCGAGGCCGCCAGCAGAGCCGCGAGGAGGAAGAGGAAGAAACUGCGGUUCGGAGCGAUCAUGGUUKUGGUGGUGUCUUGUCUUCUGUUGUCUUGCGUUGUGAGGAGUGGUGGUGGCGUUURUUGAAGCGCGGCGUGGUACAAGCGACGAGAUCCGACACGAGUGGUGUGUGUUUGUGUGUGCAAAAGGAAAGAAAUAAUAACAAUGUGGGAACAAUCGGAUGUUUUUUAAAAAAAACAAAAAAAUUGUGGAGGACUAUCGCAAAAAAAACGUACGAGCACGAACUGCCAAUCUCUGGUGGCGCAACGCAAAACACGGUGUGCAGAGCCCCAUCCAUCGGUGCGGAGUGAACACGAGUCAAUCCAAUUCAAAACCAGGAUCAUUAUGGGUUGCUCGUGCCGGAUCCGGCGGGUGUUUUGGUUCGAAUCGAAUCGAGUCAAUCGAGUCAAUCCUCCCUUCCUCGGAUUCGGAUCGGAUUCAUUCGAAUCAAAUAAUCCAUCGUAGAGGGACCGUCCGUGCACCCAUCCGUCCGCGGGGCCUUGGUCGAUCGGUUCGCGCCAAAACUCGUCGUACGAAUGCAUGCCAGAUAGACAGAACAGACGCUCCGAGUGGGAAUUUCCUUCCGGCGAGGGAAAAUGACGGUCGAAGCGCGCCGGUAUGGUACGUCGACGGCGGCAUCGGUGCCGUAUCGUCUGGUACGCUACGGGCGUGAGACUCGACUAGAUGACCGUACGAGUACGGUACUACGGUAGGACUGGCAUGACAAAAUGAUGAUGAAUGAUUCCUUGUCGCGCCGCGAACGCAACGAGAGAGGUGCAAAAGGGAUUCCCCCGAACCAGACUCUUUUACCGUAUGAAUCAACGAAGGACAAGACAACAUAGUACGUUACCAAGUACGGUACGAGCUACGGUACUACGAUACGAUUGCUCGUUGCUUACCGUACGGCACUUUCCUUGUCCAUUUUCAAUGCAUUGAUUUUGYUUCCUAACGUCGGCAUCCAUUUCGAAGGCAUCCAUCUCGAAAGCAUCGSUGGAUACGUCCUCUCUAUUUGACGAAGCGAGUCCGAAGAGAGCCGAGUUGUUAACGAAACCGAUCCCAAGGCGAGAACGACUCCAAUUGCAUAUCACACAAACGAAACAAGCACCAACACCGUCUGCGCAWCAACCUUUGACAACCUUCGCAACGGCAACCGUCGGCGACAAUGGCGCCACCGAGCAGCAGCAAGAAGAAGGGCCUGAAACAGGGCAGUCUCUUUUCCUUUUUUUCCAAGUCUCCCGCACCGAAAAAGGCAUCGGCAUCGGCAUCGGCUGCCGCUCCUGCCAAUGCAAAGGCCAAGGGAAAAGGUGCUUCCGGCAAGCCCGAAAGCAGCAAGAAGCAGAACCCCACCACCACCAACAACAACAACAGCAACAGCAAUGACAAUGGCAAGGAACGCAAAGCAACACCGACAAGGCAGGCACCCGCCCCUCCGUCGAGAGCAGGGUCGUCCGCGCCAACACCCACGCCCACCCCGUCGUCCUUCGGGCGGGUGUCCGGGAACACGCUGUGGAGAAAACUCCGAGAGGGGUCCCGGGUGGGGAUCUACUGGAAGGACGACAGGUGCUACUAUCCCUGCACGGUCGAGAAGCGGGCUCCGAGCGACAAGGACGGGAAGGCCUCCUCGCGGUUCUUUGUCCGCUACGACGACGGGGAGAGCGAGUGGACGGACAUGGCCACCGAGAAGCUGCGGUGGUGCGAAGACGACGACGAAUUCGAGCGAGAGGAAGAGAACGAGAACGAGAACGAGGAGGAGGAAGACGUCCCGGAAGCAUCCGGUGGUGCCGGCAGCGGCAGGAGAAGCAACCGCAACAAUCACAGCAGCAGCAACAAGCGACGAAGAAGCAUCCAGGAGAGCGACGACGACGAGGAAGAAGAAGAAUGGCAGGACCCGGGAGAGGACGAAAGCGACGACGACGACGGGAGUGUCUUUGAAGCCGCCGUGGACGAGGAAGAAGACAACGAAGACGAACUGGCGGAGGAAGACAACUGGAUGGUCACGGACGACGAGAACGAGAACGAGGACGAGGACCGUCCUUCCGCAAAGAAGAACAAGAGGAAGAGAAAGACCACCAAGAGCAAAGCCGGGGGCACCCUUACGGUGACCCGGCACAACGACAACUCCUCGACGCCACCGCCCUCCAAGCGGCCGAAACCGGGCACUGGCACUGGUAGCAGCGGCGGUCCUUCGGCCACCAACACCAACACCGGUAGCAACGGCAACGCCUUCAAGACCCCCCUCAAGCAAUUCUCCCACACGGUGUCCCCGCAGACGGCCUCGUCCCAGAAAUCAAAAACAAAGACCGCGAGGCCCGCAACCACGCCCUCUCCGUCCCACCCCCACAAAAACCUCCAGCUCUCGUCGCCGUCGCCGUCGCCGUCGCCGUCGCCCCCCACCUCCCAUCGCACCGGCAACAAGCGGCUCAACCCCCACCUCCCUUCCGAGGCCCUUCCCUGCAACACCGAAAAGGGGGCCCUCAACGUCCGCGGGGCCCACGUGCACAACCACCUCGGCUUUUUGCGGGUUCCCAGGGACGCCAUGGGCCGCUACMGGGACCACCCCGACUACGACUGCCGGACGCUCAGGGUGGACGAGGCCGAGUGGAAAAAGGUCACCGGGUCCGACAUGACGGCGGCCGUCAAGCAGUGGUGGAAACUCAAGUCCCAGUACUUCGACACGGUGCUCCUCUUCAAGACGGGAAAGUUCUACGAGAUGUUCCACACGGACGCCGACGUCGGGGUGGAGGUCCUGGGGUUCAUCUACAUGAAGGGCAAGUCGGCCCACUCGGGCUUYCCGGAGAUUUCCUACGGGCAGUUCGCCGACAAGCUGGUCCGUGCCGGCUACAAGGUGGCGAGGGUCGAGCAGACGGAAACCCCCGACAUGCUCAAGUCCCGAAAGGCCAGGACGCCGCGGUCKCAGAAAAAGCCCCAGGUCGUCAACCGGGAGGUCUGCAGCGUCAUGUCGCUCGGGACCAGGACCUUCUGCGCCCUCGACGACAAGUCGGCACUGCUGGCGUCGGAGGCCAACGGAACGGCCCACGAGUCCUGCGGUCCGCUCCUGGCCAUCCGGGAAACCCUCCUCGGCAGCGGUGCCGAAGGAGGAGAAACCAGCGGCGAGGGCGACAACGACGACAACGACAACAACGACAACCACGACGACGACGACAACGACGAUGGGGGCGUCCGCCCCGUCUGCGAGUACGGCAUCACGGUGGUGGACGCGGUCCGGGGCACCCUCACCCUGGGCAUGUUUGCCGACGACGUCCUCCGCAACCGCAUGCGGACCCUCCUGGCCUGCUUCGAGCCGUCCGAGAUCCUCUACCAGCCCAGCGGMRAGGCCUCGGGGGAGCUCGUCUCCCUCCUCAAGGCCCACCGGGCCGGGACCCGCAAGCCCUGCCGCCUGGAGGUCGUCCGGACGGAGGAGUCCUUCCCGAAGUCGACCGCCCUCGACGAGAACCACGCCCGGGACCURGAGCGGGGGACCGGGCCCCACCGGACCGUCCGGCCCUGGGACCCGGAGGAAACCCUCGAGGAGCUCCAYCGGAGGGCCUACUACCCCCGGGCCUCCCGGAGCAAGACAACCCCCCAUGGGGGCAAACCCAGCGUGGCCCGGUGGCCCGCGGUCCUCCGCAUGGUGGUCGAGGGMRGGGCCGAGCUCUGCCUCUCGAGCCUGGGGGCUGCCCUUUUCUACCUGCAGCGGAACCUCAUCGACCGAGAAAUCCUCAGCAUGGGGAUCGUCCGGGCCUACAUCCCGCAGGAAAGCAAAACCAUCGCCCGCAGCGAGAACAAGAGCGGAAGCGAAGCCCCGGCCGGAACGGACGGCUUUUGGUCCACGCAGCAGCAGCAGCAGCAGCAACUGCAGCAGCCGGUGGAGGUGUCCCAGGACGAGAGCGUCCUGGACGGCUUCGAGGAGAACCCUUUGUUCAAGAUUCCGUCGGCAACCCGUGCCCACACACCGGAUUCCGGCGCAUCGGAAGAAGCAAAGGCCAUUGCCCGCGCCGAGGAACAGAUCACCCACAUGUCCCUGGACGGGACCACCCUCCACAACCUCGAGAUCCUGACCAACGCGGUCGAUUUCAAGACAACCGGGAGCCUAUGGAGCAAGGUCAACUCCACCAAGAGCCCCCACGGGGCRCGGAUGCUCCGGGCCUGGCUCCUCCGGCCGCUCUUCCAGAAGGCCGACAUCGAACGCCGGGCCGAUGCCGUCCAGGAACUGGCGGGCGGSGCGGGGGCCCUGGCCCUCCGGGAGGCCCGGGCCAGCGUGCUGGGAAAGAUCGGGGACCUCGACCGGCUCCUCAGCCGCGUCCACAGCAUGAGCGUGGGGGUCUCGGCGGGGGAAGCCGGUGCGUCGGGCCCCGGCGGGGCCAUCGAAGGGGCCGGCGAGGGCUGCGCCUCCCACGAGUACCACCCCAACGAGCGUGCCGUCCUGUACGAGGGCCCGGCCUACACCAAGCGCAAGGUGACGGACUUCAAGAACCUGCUGAAGGGCCUCCAAAAGGCCUGCCAGAUCCCGGAGAUCUUUGCCGACCUGGACCUCGACCCGGGCUGUCUGUUGUACAAGCUCGUCCGACAGGGCUGCGACGGCGGCCUGUUUCCGGACAUGGUGGAGUCCCUGGAUUGGUUCUUUGAGAACUUUGAUUGCGACAAGGCCGCCAGCGGACAGUUCGUCCCCGGCCGGGGGACCGAUCCCAUCUACGACGAGGCCUGCGACACGAUCGACCGGAUCGAGGCGGACCUCGAGAGCUACAAGCAAGAAAUGAUCCGGGAGGAACUCACGCCGCGACACGUCGCCGGCCGGGCCUGGAAAUACAUCAACACCAAGCCGGACUCCAAGGACAAGUACCUCAUCGAGCUCCCGGUCACCGUGAAGGUCCCCCACGACUUCCACGUCAAGGCCAAGCGGGGGUCCGGCCAGAAACAGGUCAACAAGUACCGGACCCCCUUGGUGGCAGGACUCGUGUCCGAGCUCGAGCGGGCCCUGGAGRUCCAGCAAACCCGCCGGGCCAAGGGGAUGCAGAUCAUCUUUGCCCGGUUCGACKCCCAGCGAUCCCUGUGGGCCGCGGCCGCCCACGCCACGGCGAUCCUCGACGCACUCGGAUCGCUGGCCGUCCUGGCGGGGAGCCAAGGCUACUCCCGGCCGGAGAUCCUCUCCUGCGAUGCAGGMACGCAGCCGAGCCUGAGCAUCGUCCAGGGCCGGCACCCGGUGGUGGARAACACCUUCCACAGCUCGGAAUUCAUUCCCAACGAUCUCGAGCUCGGGCCCGGGGAAACGGAGGCGGGCAAGCCGGCGCGGUUGCUCCUGCUUUCCGGUACGUCUUGUGUGGUUCUCUGUGUGUGUGCCUCGUUGCUCUGGUUCUUGUUCUCUCUCUUUCUUUGCCGAUAGAUGUGGRAAGCAACAACGUUUGUUUUGGGUUCUUUUGUGGUUCUGAUCCUUUUUGUUUCUCGUCUCCYUCUCAUCCGCACAGGUCCCAACAUGGGUGGUAAAUCGACCAUGCUGCGCCAGACCUGUCUCAUCUCGAUCCUUGCCCAGAUCGGGAGUUAUGUACCCGCAGAGAGCUGCCAGCUGACGCCGAUCGACUGCAUAUUUACUCGCCUCGGAGCAUCGGAUCGCAUUCUUCUCGGCCAAUCGACGUUUUUUGUGGAGGUAAGAAGAACGCCGAACCAAAAUUGCGURUUCUCUUUGACUUGGAACCUCUUUCCUGUGCGUGACCCAAUUGUUCUACAAAAAACAGAGGUCUUACCAAAYAUUUCUUUCCUUCUUCUCCCUCCUUCAGCUGGCGGAGACCGCAGCAGCUCUCCGAGGGGCAACAAGGAGAAGCUUGGUGAUCAUGGGUGAGUCGGCUUKAAAACAACCAAAUUCGUUGCUUGCCGUUUCUGAUGGCCUUGGCCAAAUCUYACAAACUACUCCGUGCUUUUGUUUGCAGACGAACUCGGAAGGGGAACCAGCACAUUCGACGGGACUGCAAUUGCCAGCGCCACCGURAAGCACCUCGUGGAACGCAGCCAAUGCCUGAGUCUGUUCGCUACGCACUACCACUCUCUCUUGGACGAAUGGAAGAACGCCCCUAACGUSAGACUCGGUCACAUGCAAUGCAUCGUCGACGACGAAACCGAUGCUGGUUCCUCGAUCGGCAACAGCAAUAUUACCUUCCUUUACACACUGGGACCCGGGGCGUGUCCAAGGGUACGUUGCCAUUKCAUUUGCUUGCGUCGAGUUUUGGGUUGAUAUUGGAGAUGAAUUGGUGGCUCACUCACCUUUUUUGGUUUCGUCCGCUUUUCUCAGUCCUUUGGAAUCAACGUCGCAAAACUAGCGGGCCURCCAAACGAAGUCCUUGCGAACGCAAAACGGGUCAGCGCGGAGUUCGAAGAAGAGAUGGCUUGUGGUGGCAGUGGGGCAGAGGCAAACUCGAACGAGGACGACGCCAAAGAAAAGAUGCAGAAUAUUUUAAAACUAAUCGCUGACGAAAAUUACAGCGAUCUUCUAACCCUCUGGCAGAGUGUCCAGGCAAAAUCCGAUUGAUUCGAAUAAUACAUCCUACACCAWGGAAUCCUGAUUUUUAAAAAUAUAUUCGUUUCUCUCAUCGUUGUCUGGAGUAGCGCACUCAAAUACAAAGGGCUAGUGAAA